AGCGGUCAGUGUCGCAUUGCAGCGCUAAAGUUCAGUUGAGAAGAUGGCGGAGAGCGAACUAAACGUAGACAGCCUCAUCUCUCGACUCUUGGAAGUGCGAGGAUGCCGUCCGGGGAAGAUCGUCCAGAUGACGGAGGCCGAGGUUCGAGGCCUGUGCAUUAAAUCCAGAGAGAUCUUCCUCAGUCAGCCCAUCCUGCUGGAGCUCGAGGCGCCGCUCAAAAUCUGCGGUGAUAUCCAUGGUCAGUACACCGACCUUCUGAGGCUGUUUGAGUACGGCGGUUUCCCCCCAGAGGCGAAUUACCUCUUCCUGGGCGAUUACGUGGACCGAGGGAAGCAGUCGCUCGAGACCAUCUGCCUCCUCCUGGCCUACAAGAUAAAAUACCCCGAGAACUUCUUCCUGCUCAGGGGCAAUCACGAGUGCGCCUCCAUCAACCGCAUCUACGGCUUCUACGAUGAGUGUAAGCGCAGGUUCAACAUAAAGCUGUGGAAAACCUUCACUGACUGCUUCAACUGCCUCCCCAUCGCUGCCAUCAUUGAUGAGAAGAUUUUCUGCUGCCAUGGAGGUCUCUCUCCUGACCUGCAGUCGAUGGAGCAGAUCCGAAGGAUCAUGAGGCCCACGGACGUUCCUGAUACAGGUUUGCUGUGCGAUUUGUUGUGGUCAGACCCUGAUAAAGAUGUGCAGGGUUGGGGAGAGAACGAUCGGGGCGUGUCCUUCACCUUCGGAGCCGACGUGGUCAGCAAAUUCCUCAAUCGCCACGAUCUGGACCUCAUCUGUAGAGCGCACCAGGUGGUGGAGGACGGGUACGAGUUCUUUGCGAAGAGACAGUUGGUCACUCUGUUCUCAGCGCCGAAUUAUUGCGGAGAGUUCGACAACGCCGGGGGCAUGAUGAGCGUCGACGAGUCCCUCAUGUGCUCCUUUCAGAUCCUGAAGCCCUCAGAGAAGAAGGCUAAGUAUCAGUACGGAGGUGUGAACUCGGGCCGCCCCGUCACACCUCCCCGCACCACACAGGCCCCGAAGAAGAGGUGAGCGGCCUGCCCCGCCCAUCCAAACACCCCCCCCAAACAUACACAGCCUGGAGGCGGUACUUACUCACAAUCAGCCUCUCUCCCUCUUCCCUUACUCUUUUCUUAAUGUUGGUGUACAUAAUUUUUUGCCGUGAUCAGGUGAUAAGCGCUUUCUGUAUGUCUCUGCCUGUUCAGUGGUAUUUUUAAUAAUAUUCAUAUUAAUAAUUACAUGGAUGCGAAUGGAGGAUUCCCCCAUCUCUCUCUCUCUCUCUCUCUCUCUCUCUCUCUCUCUCUCUCUCUCUCUCUCUCUGACGCAGUAUUGACAUUAAUAUCGAUGUAACAGUGAUUUCUACAUAGGGUGUUUAGUUGAAGACUUUAAACCGGGGGCUUUAAGCUUAAAGCUCGUCUUUAUCAGUAUACACACGCUCUGUUUUUACUCACGUGGCUCUGAAAAGAGUGCAUUAAGAUGUACAGCGCACACACACACACACACACACACACUACACACUACAGUGUGACGUAAUGCAACCUCGUUAUAAGGCCAGGCUUCGGUAUAUUUUUAGCCAUCCACCAGUGACUCAGAGGCCGAGCGAGCGACACGGAGAGAUAGGACGAGCGAAGGAGGGAGUGAACGACGCACAGGAUGAGAUGUGCGUGUAAAGAGUAUUUCAGUGUCGCUGUGAGGGAAUAAAAUGAUUUUCCACAGACAUGGUCAUGAAUCUGCUUUAAAAAGCGUUCUAAUCUGUACCUUUCUACCUAAUCUGUAAGUUGUGCUGAUGCUUUGCAUGGCAUAAGAAUAGGGUUUUGUUUGUUUGUUUGUUUGGUUGUUUAAUUCUUGGCUCUGAGAAUUUUUUUUUUUUUUAACUAUCCAACAUCAAAUCCUUCAUGGCACAAUACAGACAAGUUGUCAUAGGCAAGGAUAUAAACCAUAUGGUGCAACCAAAUGAGACUCAGAACAGACAGACAUUUUGUAAAUGUGAACCUCUUCCUCAAAUGAGUUAAGACUGGAGUUAUUCUUGGACCCCUGAUGCUAAUCCCAGCGUGUAUAUUUCUGCCGCUAACUACGCAGCUAGACGUUCAUAAUAGAAAACAACUCUUUAUUGGCAGCUUCACUGAACUAUGGCAUAACACUACAGUAACAGUACUGUGAUAAUGCUGAUUGCUAACUUUGGAGCAGCUACGCAUUUAAAAUAAUAACAUGAAGAUGCUUAUGAUUCACUUUCGGUUUGUUGUAUAUGCCAGUAAAGCGCUUGUUUCCUCUACACACCAUCGAUUCCUGGCUGUGAUCUCAAUUCUGUUGAUUUUUCUCAGUAAUAAUCUUCAAACCCUUCCUGUUCACGCUUUUUCUUAACAGCAGCGAGUAAAUAACUCAAGAUGCUCAGGUUGUCAUGGCGAUAAAGCGACCCUGACGCCAUUUUUCAGCUUUAUGUUGCAGAUGCAGUAACUGUUACUAUAGUCAGCUAGCUAGUUUUCUCAAACUCCGUUAUUUUAUUCGUAGCUAGCUAACUACCAAGCUACAUGAAUUUUAACCUCAUGAUGUAGCUUUCACAAGCUAGCUUUAUGUAUUACUUUAAGCUAUUAGCGAAACUAGCCAGCUGUUUAUGUUUAGCUAGCUGUAGCAAGCCAGAUUAAAAUAUUUUUCAAAUCAUUUCAUUCUGGCACGAGUACGAUGUGAUGCGCUGCAUGGGAUUUUUGAGUACACAGUGCAGGAAGUCAUGUGACUGAUUUUAGCCAGUAGAACAGUGUGUAUGAUAUCAACAGGGAACUCCACAAUCACACCAUCAACACCGGCUGUUCUGUGGUGGUGUGUCUCUUUCUUUCUCUCUUUCUGUGUUUCUCUUUUUCUGUCUCUCUGUCUCAGUUGUUCUGUCUUUCUGUCAGUCACUCUGUCUCUCUGUUUUUCUGUCUCGUUCUGUUUGUUUCUGUCUUUUUAUCUCUUGUUUUUUGCCUUGCUCUCUCUGUUUUUCUCUCUCUCUCUCCCCCCAUGUUUCUUUUACUGUCUAUCUCUCUGUCCAUCUAUUUGUCAGUCUCUCUCUGUCUGUCUGUCCAUCUGUCUGUGUCUCUCUUUCUGACUCUCUCUCUCUCUGUGACAGUUUCAGAUUAAACACCAGCACCGUGUCUGUGGAAAAUGAUUAAAUAAUUAUUAAAGAUUUCAUUGCACUUAUUACUGGAAAACGUCCAUCACGAUGUUGAGUCUCGAUUUAAACAGGGCGAGGAUUCAGAAACAAAAUCACACACGCUUGUAUUUGCACAGUGCUUUUUCCUGUUAAUGAUUAUAAUAAUAGUGUUGAUGUUAAUAGGGGGAUUUUGAAGUGCAAUAGCCACUACAAGUCUCUCUCUCUCUCUCUCUCUCUCUCUCUCUUUUUCUCUCUCUCUCUCUAAAGCGCAGUAUUGACGUGAUGGUGAUUUCUCAUAGGGAGUUCAUUUAAGAUUUAAAAAGAGGACUUUACAGAAUUAAUUGCGUUUUUCCCCCUCUUAUUCUCGUUUUUGUUUGUUUUUCAUUCUUAAAUGGAGAAGUGAUGUGUUUUGUUUUUGUUUUGUUUUUUUUUCCAGUUUGGACAUACUUCCUGUUAAGUACUUGUUUUUUUAAAAAUGUAUUCAGUUUGAGAGGUGAUAGUCGGUGUGUUUUUUGUGCACUAAGAUAAAUGUUUUGGGGAAGACGAGUGGUUAAAUAUAUAAAAAUGAUAGGGAAGGGAAGAUGGUUGUAGUGAUGGCGCCCCCUGGUAUCCACCUUGUGUCAGCACAAGAGAGAAUAAAAACACCAUUUUUUACUUGAUUUGGAGGCAACAAUGACGAUUAAAGAGGAGAAAUCAUUUGAUUGGCUGACGCUUCUGUCAGUCACUCAUGUUCUCCAGAGGAGAAUUCGUUCUUUUUCUUUCUUGCUUGCUUGAACAUUGUUGCCUCUUUUGACAUUUGUCAUUUCUUUUCACUGAUAUGUCAUAAUUUUAUUUUGUUUUUAAUUUUGUGGGUUUUUUUCUUCUUUAAUUUAUAAUUGGAUGUCAGGGAACAUAUUCCAAAACAAACAAAAUUUGUAUGUGGGUUUCACGUUCUUUGAACUCAAUAAAUGGAGGUAAAACAA